AUGAAUCUCAAUUCUGAAUAGAAAACAGAUUUAUAUGAGGUUUUAGAUUCAUCAAGAAAUAUUGAUGGACAAAUUUUGGAUAUCUUAUUAGAAAUUUUAAGAAAAGAAAAAUUUAAGAUUGUCUAAAGUUUCUUUCAAAAGAUUGGGAUCUAGAAGAAUUUGAAUAAUACAUUUGUUAAAAUGAAAAUGUAUAACCUAAUAAUACUUUAUUAAAUAACUUUAAGUAUAUUGCUAACGUUAUCAAAAAUAUUCGCGAACAUGACUUUUAUAAACUAAAUUAUUCAACAGAAGAACAUAAAGUAACUAGAACAAAUCUAAUCAUUAAAGUAUCUAAUGAAAAGGCCAUUUUUGAAUUUUUAAAAUUUCUAGUUCGUCUCACUGGAAUAGAUAACCAAUUUAUUUAAUGUGGAUCAAAUUCGCUUAAUUUAUUAGUUGAAAUGAAGGCUGAUUUUUCAAAACAAUGUUUUAAAAACAUAAAGAUUCAAAAUACUUCAUUAGUUGGAGCAAAUUUUGUAAAAUGUAAUUUAAUUGGAUCAGUAUUUGAAAAUGUAGAUAUAAGUGGAAUUAAUUUAAAUAAGGCGUUAUUAAUUGGUUGUAAAUGGAAUAACUUAAAAAUAAAUGAAUUACAUCAAUUAGACGGUCAUAAUGAAGAAGUUUUUACAAUAUGUUUCUCUCCUGAUGGGAACACAUUAGCAUCUGGAAGUGGAGAUAAUUUUAUCUGUCUAUGGGAUGUUAAGACAGGUUUUAAAAAAAGCUAGUAUAAAAGGACAUAGUAUUGGAGUAAUAUCAGUAUGCUUUUCUCCAGAUAGUAAUACAUUGGCAUCUUGUGGUGCAGAAUGUAUAAUUUUUCUUUGGGAUGUUUAAAGGGGACUACAAAAAUCCUAAUUAAUAGGUCAUUGCAGUACUAUUUAUUCCAUACGUUUCUCUCCUGAUGGUAAUACAAUAGCAUCUGGUAGUAGAGAUUACUCUAUCUGCUUAUGGGAUAUUAAGACAGGCUUGCAAAAACUCAAAUUAGAAGGUCAUAAUGAUGAUGUGAAAUCAGUAUGCUUCUCUCCCGAUGGAAGUACCUUAGCAUCUGGAGGUGGAGAUUGCUGUAUCAUUAUUUGGGAUUUAUAAACAGGAAUGCUAAAAUCUAAAUUAGAAGGUCAUAGUAGUUAUGUACGCAUGGUAUUCUUUUCUCCAGAUGGUACUACAUUAGCAUCAUGUAGCGAUGAUAACUCAAUUCGUUUAUGGGAAAUUUAGACAGGAUAAUAAAAAUCUAAAUUAGAAGGUCAUACUAAUUGGGUUUCAUCAAUAUGCUUCUCCCCUGAUGGAACUACAUUAGUAUCUGGAAGUGGAGAUAAAUCUGUCCGUUUAUGGGAUGUUAAAGCAGGACAAUAAAAGCUAAUAUUAGAUGGUCCAAAAGUAUAUGUUUAUUCAGUGUCCUUCUCUCCUGACGGUAAUACAAUAGCAUCUGGAAAUGGAGAUAAGUCUAUCCGCUUAUGGGAUAUUACGUUGGGGCAACAAUGCUUUAUAUCAGAAGGUCACAGCAAUUUUGUUUAGCAAAUAUGCUUCUCCCCUGAUGGAGGCACAUUAGCAUCUUGUAGUGGAGAUAAAUCUAUCCGUUUAUGGGAUGUCAAAACAGGAAAACAAAUUUCUAAAUUAGAAGGCCAUAACGAUUCUGUUUCAUCAGUUUGCUUCUCUCCUGAUGGUAUAACAAUAGCAUCUGGAAGUUAAGAUAAAUUGAUCUUUUUAUGGGAUGUUAAGAAAGGAUAGCAAAAGUCUAGAUUAGAAGGUCAUAAUAGUAAUGUCCAUUCAGUAUGUUUCUCUCCUGAUGGUAAUAUAUUAGCAUCUGGAAGUUGGGAUAAAUCCAUAACUUUAUGGGAUGUUCAAACAGAAAAACGAUUGUAUAAAUUAGAGGGUCAUAGUAGUUUUGUUUAGUAAGUAUGCUUCUCUCCUGAUGGAUCUUUGUUAGCUUCUGGCAGUUAUGAUAAUUCUAUCCGCUUAUGGGAUGUCAAAACAGGACAACAGUAAUUAAAAUUAGAAGGUCAUAGUUAAUGGGUUUAAUCAGUAUGCUUCUCUCCUGAUGGUUCUAUAUUAGCUUCAGGUAGUUAUGAUAAUUCUAUCCACUUAUGGGAUGUCAAAACAGGAAAACUGUAAUUAAAAUUAGAAGGUCAUAGUUAAUUGGUUUAAUCAGUAUGCUUCUCUCCUGAUGGUUCUAUAUUAGCUUCUGGUAGUGGAGAUUAGACUAUCCGUUUAUGGGAUGUUUAGACAGGACAACAACAAUCUAAAUUAGAUGGUCAGGGAUGUGUCUUGUCAGUAUCCUUUUCUCCCGAUGGUGCAACAUUAGCAUCUGGUUAUGCAGAUAAAUCUAUCCAUAUAUGA